CUUCCUCCUCACAGCACCAUCUCCCCCUACUUGCUAUAUCCUUCCUCCAACCAAAUGAGUAACCAGGGUCCUCAUGGCUGAGGAGGAACUCUUCAAGGGGGCACAUUGUACCUUUAGAGGAAAGCCUGGCCAUUGUGGAGACCCAGACAAACAUCUCUUCCAUCUUUCCUUUUAAAGGAAGCAGUAAGAGGUUCUUCAUGAGAAAAUGCUCCAACUAAAAGCUGGAAUGCAGCGACCCCUAGAAAAGGGACCUGCUGAGAGGAGAGUGGAUGGGCAGCAGACUCAGCCCGAGGAGGCAGGAUCCUCCUCUGUGUCCCACAACGGGAAAUACCGUUCCUUGAUCCAGGAUCAGGCUCGAGAGUUGACCCACCUAAGGCAAAAGAUGAGGAUGGGGAGAGCUUUCUCUUCUCUUCUCAUCCAGCAUGUCAGGAAUACGGUGAAAACCUUUGAGGAGCUCCUUAGCAGCAAUAAAGUUGACCGCUACAUGGAACAGCACUUCCGUGAGCAGCUGACCAAGGCGAGCCUGCUGGCAGAGAGCCUUGCCAGCAAAUUCAGCACAGAUGACUGUACAAGUGAGAAGAAUCAAGCAAGACAGAUGCUGCGAACCCUCAGUAUCUUAAGGGAGAAGCAUAUGAAGGGUAAAGUGACAGAAGUCCUAAGGACCAUGCAGGAGGCCCAGCCCCAGACUCUGCCCCAGAUACACUCCAGCAACCGUGGCCAGUCUGCUGCCCAUCCAUCCUCCAGCAGCACCUCCCUGCUUCACGAAGAGCCAGAAGCAUGCCCUUCAGUGGAUGUGACCGAUGUCAGCCGGGCCACUCCUGCUGAUUCAGCUUCGUUGCUCAGCAACCAUCCAGAUGCCAGAUCUGCCCAGCCCUCCUACCCUCCAAGCGGCGCCACACAACUGAGCAGGAUGCCAGACCCAGGGCACCGGGGGAGCAGUGGCCCACAGGACGAGAUGCAGCCUCAGAAAAUGAAUGCGUCUGGGCACCUAUCCUCCUUCUCCUCUUUGUACCGGCCCAACUCCAAGCCCUCUGGAGCUGACCUACUGGAAAAGAAUCUUGUGGAGAUCCAGAACCUGCGCCAGCGCCUGGAGGAGUCCAUCUGCUUCAAUGACCGCCUGCAGGAGAGGCUGGAACAUGUGCUCAGCAGUGCUGACCAAGGAAAAAAUAACCAGGGAGUCACUAGCUGCGAACUGGAUCCCUGCUUAGUGCUCUCUCCCUCCCUUUCCCACUUCCAGCUGAAUGCACGACACAGUCUGCUCCAGGUGUCCCCCUGGCAACCCCUCAUCCUUACUCUCAGAGUCACUCUUCCAGCUCUGCCUAGGAUGUCUUGUGACAUGAUGUCUGGAUGGUCUAGAAGAAUGUUCUCCAGAACUUUUCCAGCCCUAUUCAACAGCAUUCUUGGCUGUGAACUUGGAGGCAUCGACAUCAACCUUUAAAUGAAUGGAUCAAAUUAAUAAAUUCUUAUUUAAAAAUUAUUGUCU